GGGGCUCCUUUUGUGUUAGGAGAGUGAGUUAUUUUUAACAACAAUUGCCGCAAUUGUUAUUGUGCUCCAGUGACAAACUUAUUAAUUUAAUAAGUCGUGUAGGUGUCAUCAAUCUUCAUCGAUAAAGUGAGGUAAUUUAAGUAACAAAAUGCGCGGGAUCGGAGUUUCGGAUAUUGUUGUUGUGCUACUUCUUCAUUUCUCAGGCAUCUUGUGUAACAUCGACCGUUUGGAGUUGAUAAUGCCACGGUACGCGAUCAGAGGCGGCGAUGUGAUCUUAAAGUGCGAACACAGCGUGCCACCCGAACAACUCUACAAAGUUGAGUGGCAGAAAGGAGGGCACAAGAUUUUUCAGUAUAUCAAAGGACGAAAGCCGCCGUUUAGAUUCUUUCCGACGGCAGGAGCAGUCUUAAACAAAGCCAACACUAGCGAAAUGCAAAUCCAACUUUCGAAAUUAGAUUUUUCAGCAUCGGGAUCAUAUUCGUGCUUGGUCUCUAUGGAAACUCCGAUUUUUACUAAGGAUUCCAAGAGCAAGGAUCUUACGGUUAUAGAGCCGCAAGACAGCGACCCAACAAUAACCUUCAACAAGAGCACUUACGAAAUAGGGGAGGUAUUAGAGGCAAAUUGCACCACAGCUUCGGCAAGGCCGCCACCUCACAUUACGUGGCUAAUUAAUGGUGAAAAGGUCCCCGACGCUUUAACGAAGCGUUUUUCCAACGGCAUCGUUCACGGUCACGGUUACUUCGACCAAAAAGCUUCCUCCACGAAACAGCUUUCUAUCGAAGUGUCCGAUCUCCACGUCGGCGACGACGGCGAACUCCGUCUCACUUGCAUGUCAACAAUUCCCGGUUACAUCAAUCCGAACGAAGUUUUUGCCGAUGAAAGAAAAACAUCAGUUCGAAUCGAGAUUGAAAUGACCGAAGGCCCUGUCGAAGCCAUCUCCAACAAUAACAUCUCCUCCAGUUGUCCUCUCCGCAUGAGUUCGUAUUCUUUCGAAAUAAUCAACGUGUUUUUUAUCGCGCUCUAUUACCAUCUAUAAACUCAGUUUAAAUAAUUGUUGCGACGUUUUUUUGCCAAAAUUUUUUUGGUCGAACUCUGUUUUCUAAAACAAGAACUAGAAUGGUGCUGCUAGAGUAUAUUUUACGCGAAAUUGUUCCAUUUUUUUAAUAGCUUUUGUUGACUUGUGAAUUUCAUUUAUCAGAGAAAUAUUUUGCUAAAUUGUUAGAAUAGAAUUAUGUGUAACUGAAAAUUUCCGAUUCUCACAAAGUCGGCGACGUCUAAUGAAAUCCAAUCAGAGAACCGGAUUUUAUUGGAUAGGCGGCAUUUCCUACUAGAAUUUCGAUUCGAGACAAAUUCGGAGAAUAUUUCACCGAAAUAAAUAAAAUAAAGCAGCUUUUAGCAGGGUAUAAAAUACAACAUAAAAAUACAAAAAAUGGUACGGUUGUCACUUUUUUUUAAUCUAUUUGAGUAUAGAGUAAGUGGCAUUUGAAUAAAAUGAGUCACGUUUCAUAGAAUUAUUUAAUGUGAGUGAAGUUACAUCUAAAAAAUUGACAACGUAUAUCUCACUUUUGACUCAUUUUAUACAAAAGACACUUAACAUUGUUACAAACUUUGUUUAGUUUAUAAAAAAUUUAAUAUGAAGUGUACAUAAAUAUGUGUGAAUACAAUGUAUCUAUUUAACUGGAAAAAAUGCACACUUUUAAUAUUAAUUUGUAAAAAAAUCGAAAGCCUAAUUUGCACUGUACUUAUUUAUUUUUAAGGACUAUCGGGACGCUCAUACUAGUCGCAAAACUGGUGAUAAUUUUUUAUUCUCUCGUCAAUUAAAUAAAAACAAUCAAUUUUAUUUUAUUACACAAGAAACAAAAGUAUCCAAAGAUAUAUUUUUCUCGCACAGAUUUUUAUAUAACUAAAUGUUUAUUUGUUUUUUAAAAAGUAAUAAUUGUUUCCUAGCUGUUGGAUGAAUGUUUAUUGUUUAGUGUUCAAAAAAUAUGUCUUUCUUUACUUUAUCGACGUGGUGUUAUUACUAUAUUCUGAUUUUAUUUAUUUAUUUAUUUUAUUCUGAAACAAUCAAGUAAACAAUCAUUUUAAAAUAAGUAGCUAAAAUCUGUACCGAAUUGCCGUGAGGUUGCAGUUGCUAAGCAACUGAACUGAACGACACGUCAAUGGCAAUUCGAAACAAAUAUUAACCUGUUAUUUCGAAUUAUUUUGCAGUUUAUUAGUUAGAAAAGGGAUCAAAAAUACAAAAAACAACUGAAAGUCAAUCAUAAGAGUCAAUAUAAUAGGAAACAUCUGCAAAAUAAUUUGUAAUAAUGCAUCUGGGAAACUAAUAAUUAAUAUAUCAGCAAAAUGGCGCUAAAUUUAAAUCUAAAUUAGAGUAUUUUUGGUUCAAAUUUUGUCAUGACUAGACUAGAAAUGAAAAAUCGCAAAUUUGACGCUACUACGAUAGUCUUAUAUUAGGUAAAUAGCUUAAAUGACUGUUGAUAGAACAGUUCGCGGGCUAUUAUGGCCAAAAAUGUCUUCCUUGAAAAAGCUAUUGUCUAUUAUAAAGAUAAGGGAGCAAAAAUUGUCACUUCGAGCUAGAAAAAUGUUUUAUUUCGUAGCCCCAAAAACACAGAAAUGACUGAACAAAAUCGCACUUAUGAUUUGUAGGGUUUUGGAGCACUUAUUAAAAUCCAGGCAAAUUUUAAUCUCCGACUACAGUACGCCCUAAGCUCGUAGAUUUGACAAUAAAUUGCUUUAAUUUAGUGUUAAUUUUUUUCGGAUUUUUACCGAAAUCCGAAGAAAAUUUAUAAGUUGUAAAUAUACGUGUGAGAUGUAAUUGUAUGAUGAUUACUAAAUGUUUUACGACGACUAUCUGAUAAUA